ACAAAACAACGCCAGGGUCCUCACGACACGAAGCCGCCGCAUCCAUAUCGGCUCAGAGGGACCCAGAUGUCUCGGCCUCUGCGGCCUCUCGGGCGUCUCUCCCACCUUGCGCCGCGCUCUUCGGGAGGCUGUCGGCGUGGGCGUGGGUCCAGACGGGCAAAACGAGCUCGCCGAGUGGAUGCAGCGGGUGGAGUCCAAGCUGGACGGCGUCGCCAUGGCGCUCGACUGGCAGCGGGUCGCGAAGCCCGUGGAGGGCCUGGCCCCAUUGGCUGGGGGGCUGGCUCGAGGGGCCAACUUCGAGCGCGGGUCCUCGAGCUUGUUCGACAAGGAGCGGUCGGGCGCUUUCGAGCGCGGGCCCUCGAGCUUGUUCGACCAGACGCCGUCGGGCCCCGUGGCCGCGGCAGUGCCACAGGAUUCGCCGCGAAGCCGCGGCGGUCAGCGUGGUACCCAGCCACCAGAUGCCAGCGACAGGAGCUGCGAGAACGAGGCGGCCCAAGUGGGCACGCCGCGGAGUCAGGUCCACGAGCCCCCUUCACCAAGCAGACCUUGCGGGGACUGCUCCUUCGACGAAGAUCAAAUCACGCACGACAGAAAGCGAGGGAGUAAACAGGACUGCGGGACGGAAAGCUGGAGCAGUAACGGGAGCCUGUUCAGGAAGGCGUCGAGGAGGCUGACCGUUUCGAGGGAACAGGAACUCAUAAAGCGCAUGAAGCCCGAGGAGUUUGGCUCUGGGUUGGGCAAGUAUGUGAAGUCUCGCUGGUUUGACUGCAUGGUCACCCUCGCAAUCGUUUUCAACUCGUUGGUGAUUGGGGUGGAAGUGCAGCUACGGCCCACCUCGAACACAACAUCUAAGUGGUUCGACCAUAUAGAAGUAGUGUUCACGAUGGUCUUCACAGUCGAAAUCAUCGUGCGGCUUUCGGUUUACCGCUCCAGGUUCCUCACCGAUAAUGACGAGCGUUGGUGGAAUGCGUUCGACUUGAUCCUGAUAGUUGCCGCCUGGGUCGACUUGCUGCUCAACCACAGCAAUACAGAGUCCGGUGUACUCUUCUCAAAGAUUGGGAGGCUCGUCCGGAUGUUCCGCAUCAUACGCGUCAUUCGCACAGUGAGGUUUAUCGCACAGCUUCGGGUGCUGCUGCUCAUGAUUAUGGGAACGCUGCAGUCGUUAUUCUGGUUGUUGGUAAUAUUGCUUGGCAUGAUCUACGCCUUCUCCAUAAUACUAACGCAGGGCGCCACGGACUACAUGGAUUCCCUUGACAAUCAAGUGCCUACCGAUCAUGAGGAUGUAAGCCUCCUGUUCGGUUCACUGUUCCAGACCAUGUACACUCUGUUCCAAUGCAUGUCUGGAGGCAUCAACUGGGGCGAGGCCUCAAACUUGAUGAGCGGGCCUGGCUGGGUCAUGCAGGCUGUCUUGGUUGUGUUCAUGUUUUUCACCCUCUUCUCGGUGGUGAAUGUAGUGAAUGGCCUGUUCGUCGACAGCGCUAUUGAGCUCGCCAAGAACGAUCGGAUGGUAGCGGUGCAGAAGCAGCGGCUCGAUGAUCGAGCGAAGGAAACUCAGCUUCUCGAUUUGUUGAAGAUCAUGGACAGCAAUCGCGACAACAUUAUCACCUUCGAAGAGUUCGAGGAGAGCUUGAAACGAGAGGAGAUCAUCGACUAUUUUUCCGCGCUGCGCGUCGACAUCGAAGACGCAAAACAGUUUUUUGUGUUGUUGGAUCUAGAAGGUUGCGGGUCUGUCGACAUUGUCCAAUUCGUGGCAGGGAUGGAGAGGCUUCGAGGGGAGGCUCGGAGUGCCGAUCUACACAUCGUGCUGCAACAGAACAGGAUGGUGAUGACGAUGCUGAGCAAGCUCGUGAGGAUCCUCAGCGACUCGACAGAGGUGUCGUAUGAGGGCGUGCCUAUUGGGCCGCUGACAAGUAGAUGAUCGACCGAAUGUGUUCCAGUCCGAUGCAACAGGCUAGCUCUGCGCUGGCCCGAGUCUAAAUGGCAGCGGCCCUGCUUGCUGUCUCCGUUGCUACUGCUACCUGCACGCACGCUGAGGGGGAGAUGCUCUGGUACGUUCGCCUUCGAAGACGUCUUGUUGACAUUCAUCGCUGUUCCUCAUUGUCAGUCUGCGUGCGCUGGCGCUUCCUAGGCAGCGCGUUCCGCGCCAGGUCGGUCAGGGAGCGUCUCGUCCAGGGCGGCAACGAUGGGUACUCAAUGUCCCAGUGCCCCGGGAGACCGCACUCCCGGCAGACAUUGUAGCUCAGUGUCCUGGUUCUGCUCGGCUCGUCGUCGCGCCUGUUUCUGUUCCGAUGCCACGGAGCACUGCUGCCGGGUACCAGCCCGGGGCGAUCCGGCAGAGGCGCGGUCCUUCCGGCACCGAUCCGGAUGCAGCGUCUGUCUCUCCCUGCUUGUACACCAUUUUCCGUGCGACUCGCCCCUGUUGGUCAAUCUCGAACAAGAUGUCGGCGCCCCCAGCCUGGGGAGCUGCUUUGGGGUCGUUUGGCGAUGCGUCUCUGUCACGAUUGGCAACCACCUCCACGAACGAGGCUGCCGUGACGGAUGCAUACCCACAGACGUACGCAAGGCAACACAAUCAUGAUUCUUCUAUCACGACUACGUCGUAGUUAUCGCUACGACCAGUUAGGUUUCCUCUUGCUUCUGCUACCGCUAUUGCCAUCUCCUGUGGGGUCCUGGUCGCCUCGUCCUCGUCGUCCUUCUCCUCCUCCUCGUGUAAGCUGUUUGCACGUGGGUUCCCUAGAUCAUUUUUUUUUCGCUGGAGGUUUGAUCUCGGCCUCCAGGCGUCGGUCUUCUUGUCGACCGGCGGGCAGGUUGUCUGCGGCGGUGGUGUCCCGCCAGGCGAGGCCAGCUUGCAUGCCAGGCGCUUUGCCCCUCAGAGUCUUGCGAACCGUCGGCCCUCUGUCCCAUCAACGCGGUGACAGCAGGCCUGGCAGCGUAGCCUGUUGUGUGCUAUGCCUGUUGUGUGCUAUGCCAGCCCUCAGGGUUUGGUGCUUCUGCCCUUGCAUAGAGGCUUUCUGAGCACGUCUCCGCGCUCUUCUUUCUCGCUUUGUUUCCCCUCUUCCACUUUGCCCUCCGCCCCGCUCGUGUUGGGCAUCUGUGCGAGUCCCACCAGCAUGAAUAUUGUUCCGGUGAGGGGCACGCACGCGCGAGUUGACAUUCUAUCAUUUCUGUUUUCGCCUUGUCAUCUCCCAUUUUGUGCGGCAUCCCAAAGCACAUUGUGGCCGCGACCACCUGAAUGCAUCGGCGGACGCGGGAAUCUGCAGUCCGCUUCCGUCUGUGUUGCGCGUUUCACCUUCGCAUGUUCACGUUUCGCCAGUGGCUGCAGACUGUGUGCUUGGGUUGGAACCCCAUUUUGUCAUUUUGUCAGAAAGAGGACUCACGUGGUGGUACGGUGCUCAUCGUUGGGGAAAAAAGGACUCACGCUUCGGCAACCUGCCUGCUCAACCUGG